UUCUUCUGAAUAUUUUACUCUAAACGUCACAAGAGCCUAAUAUUCAGUCCCACACUAUAAAUACAACCUUAGUUGAGAGGGUGAAGAUAUACAACAUUCAGUUCAAAGAAAAAUCUUAGUUCAAAACCAACCUGUUUCCAUGGCUCCUGUGCCAAUUUCUACCCUCAACGUAGGACACAUUGAUGAUGUACAAGAAUUAAGAAGAACUAAACCAAAGACAGUUCCUCAAAGAUUUGUUAGAGACAUGACAGAAAGACCAACGCUUCAAACAUCUCUUUCGCCACAAAACAGUGACAUGCCUGUCAUUGAUUUCUCUAAGCUUAGUAAAGGGAGCAAAGAGGAUUUGCUCAAUGAACUUCGCAAUCUUUCGGUCGCUUGUCAAGAGUGGGGAUUUUUUCAGGUGAUUAAUCAUGAGGUUGAGAUCAAUCUGAUGGAAAACAUAGAGGAUAUGAGUAAGGAGUUUUUCAUGCUACCUUUGGAAGAGAAACAGAAGUAUCCCAUGGCACCAGGAACAGUCCAAGGUUAUGGACAAGCUUUUGUUUUCUCAGAGGACCAGAAACUUGAUUGGUGCAACAUGUUUGCUUUAGGAAUUGAACCUCACUAUAUUAGGGACCCAAAUCUAUGGCCAAAGAAACCAGCAAAACUCAGUGAAACAAUAGAAUUGUACUCAACAGAAAUCAAUAAACUUUGUCAAAAUUUGCUGAGAUACAUAGCAUUAGGCCUGAGUUUGGAAGAAGAUGUUUUUGAGGAGAUGUUUGGGGAAUCAGUACAAGCCAUAAGGAUGAAUUACUAUCCAACAUGUUCAAGGCCUGACCUUGUUUUGGGCUUGAGUCCUCAUUCAGAUGGAAGUGCUCUCACUGUGCUGCAGCAAGCAAAGGGAAGCCCAGUGGGCCUUCAAAUACUUAAAGACAACAGAUGGGUCCCUGUUCAACCAAUUCCAAAUGCUCUUGUCAUCAACAUUGGUGACACAAUAGAAGUUCUUACAAAUGGAAAAUACAAAAGUGUGGAGCAUAGGGCUGUGGCUCAUGAGGAAAAAGACAGGCUUUCAAUUGUGACAUUUUAUGCUCCUAGCUAUCAAGUAGAGCUUGGACCAAUGCAAGAAUUUGUGGAUGAAAAUCACCCAUGCAAGUAUAGGAGAUACAAUCAUGGAGAGUAUAGUAAACAUUAUGUGACAAAUAAGUUACAAGGAAAGAGGACUUUGGACUUUGCCAAAGUGGAAAAUGUGAAUGAUACUACAAACUAGCUAGGAGUACUUAAUUAGAAUAUUGAAAAUAUAUAAAAUCUACUAUAUAAAAAUAUGAAGGAAUUCAAGCUUCUUAAUUUUUAUUUUAUUGGAAAAUAGGUAGAAAAAUUAGUUGCAAUUAGAAGAGUGUGAUUUAUUGUUGAUUCAAAAAGAAAAAGAAAAAAAAAGAAGAGUGUGAUUGUGGCCACAUACAAAAAACGAGCCAUUAUUCUUAUUCCAAAUAUGUAUUAUGUAUAUGCUAGCUUUCAAUGGAAACUAAUGACAUCUAAUAUUUUAUUUC